AACACACUGGGGUCAUCUCACCAAUGGCCGACUAUGUGUGAUAGAUCGACAGCACGGCAACUAGUCCAGCGUACUAAAGUACUAGCACCUUCGGGUAUAAAUAUCGCUUGAGCAGCUGCUAGGAGCAGCGUCUUCACGCUCACCACUAGAUAUGAGACUAACUACAGUUGCUUUUCUAGGCAAGUACUCAAAUCACAAUAUUUUGCAAAUAUCAACAGACUAACUGAAUGCUCAGCCGUGAGCAGGUUCUGAAGUAUGUAUAUUUCGCCGUCGCACCCAAUGGAGCCGCAGAGACCAGAAACCGACUACGAGCGAUGGCUUCAGAGGCAGGGCGCGAACUUCGGGCCAGGGAAACGGCCACUCUAUGGACCGCGCAUGGAAGGUCUCGAUGAUAGUGCAACGAACAAACACUACUUAAAUCAUGGAGGGGACAGUUCACUAUCUGAUUCUCACAGGCAGGCCACACCACAUGGCUAUUUUAUCCAGCCGCAAACAUCAGGCGACUCUCUCGUGCCCGAAAUAGGCCGAAGCCCCCAUUUCAGCAGCCACACAAUUUUAUGCAGCGUCAUACUGUCCGUCUGUCUCACUCUUGUCGCUAUAAAGUCUGCAAAAUUAUUUCAGACAAGGCGUCGCCGAGGCAGGAUUCUAUUGUCUGAUGAAAAUACUUCCACAACAUAUGAAAAACGGGACAUGUUUUAGUCGCAUCAUUUGAUGAUGGUGUAUAGCGAAUACAUUUUGAUGGAGACCAUUCUUUCGGGCCAGCGGACGCUGCGGGUAGCGGAUUGUGUUGGGUUUGCUGGGUAACACAGCCCCGCAUUACAGCCAUAUUGUGCAUGAUGGAUUGGUUUGUACAAGCUUGGCCGGGUUUAUAGCAAUCUUAACGGCCUAAUA